GCGGGCUCGGUGAGUGAAAUUGUCGCCAUAUUUUCAACAUUUUCUCUCAUUUCAACGACGUUUUGUCGCACCAAAUUACACCACGGACUGCCUAGAAGGGAGGUGUAGCCGUCCACUGCGGGCCAGGGCCCGGGGACAGGAGAAAACGGGCGGGGUAGGUGCCUUUAGGGUGGACAGCCCAUUUCACUAAUCCCCCCUCAGUGUUAGUAGCCAGUCGUACAUUUCUACAGACGUCAACUGACAGCCCAGCUUGGGUACUGACCAACCCUUCCCGAUAUUUCUCCGGAAAUGGAGAAGUUGCCAGGAGCGAUCUGUUGUAUCAACUAUCACACAAUAUGUCCUCUGCGGAGGAGCAUAACAAAUUUCAAAAUGGCUUCCUAGCAACCCACCUACCCCGUUACACGUAGUUAGUUGAAACUGUUUGUUGUUCUGCAGAUGUUUUUUUUUUUUUUUUUAAGUAAAAAUCUUGAGAAAAAUUUGCAGACAUACAAAAUAUAUUACCGAUCAUGUUGUGAUGAUCACAGUACUUUAUGUCAAGAAAAAAACAAGAGAAAAAAAAUUUCACCUGUAGAGAGAUUAGAAAAAAAACAAAAUGGAAUCUGGAGGAACGGAAGUUCUGCCUAUCAAUCUUUGCUCAACAAGUCGAAACAAGGUGUUUGGAAGAACACUAAAGGGCCAUGAAGGUCAAGGUCAGCUUGCAGCUAGAAUUACCAAUAAUAAUAAUAAUAAUAUAAAAAACCAAGGUUCAGGAUUGCGACUUUAUCAAAAAGAGGCUUUGAACCCGGUGUCAAAGGUCAAUGGAAGUGACCUGAAGUUGUCACCAGAAUUAGAGGAGUCCAGAAUUGGGAUUCAGUGUUCAGAUGAGGAGGAUGGGUCUAUCAACAGUCGCGGGGAGGACUCAAAAGACGAAACCGACCCAUCAUCCCCAGCAGCCGAGAGCAUGGAUGGUGACAGUUCUGUGUCGCCUGAAAAUCUCAGUGAGUUUUCUGAGAAAAUGGCUAUCACUCAAGAACCAACUCUGAUCGUGAACGGCCUUGACAUUUACUAUAAGUGUAAGCUCUGCUUCAAGGUUUUCAGUACUGAACAGCGGUGGAAACGUCACAAACAAGACACGCACUUCAACCCUCGCCUUCACGUCUGCCCCGUCUGUGGGGAGCGCUUCAAACGCAGCACGCACCUCAAGCGCCACCGAGACCGUCGCCAUGUCCCUCAGGCCACGACACCCGUCAUUCCUGUGCAAACGGACAAGCGCCGAUUCUCAUGCCCGCAGUGCCCGAGGGUGUUUGAGAGAGCCAACAAGCUUCUGGCUCACAUCCAGCAGUAUCAUCAGAACAAACGCCCGUUUAGGUGCAGUACCUGUAAUGAAGGAUUCAAGCGGCAAGACCACCUGAAUCGGCACAGAGAAUCCAAAUCACACAAACUUAGGGUCGUUCUCGCUAACAAGCCAGAGUACGGUGAUGAUGUCAUCAAUUGUGGCGAUGUUCCCAAAGAGAUGAUGCAGUCUUUCGCCUCACACACUGGUAUUAAACCUCAAACACUCUUCUCAUUGGUUGAAAACAGUAGUAAGUUGCAGGGUUCCAUAGAGGAAGACAGCCAAUCAAAUGUCAGUGCAGACAUGAAACCUAGUGAAGAGAUGAUGGUUGUACAGGUCAAUACUCCAAGCUCCUCCGUAAAAUCAGUCGCGCUGGAUUUUUCGAUGGGGGACAUAACUCCACCUGAUGCAGCUAAAAGCGAUACAAGUGCAGACAACUCUGUGUCCCCUGUUCCUAUGGAAGAGUCUUACAAUCAGUAUUUGUCCAAUUCAGUGAACGAAGCUUUGGCAACCGCUUCGCCCGACCCCGAAGAUCUCGGGACAAGUUGGGGCCAGGAUGGAGCCGUCACCUGCGUCCUCUGCGGGAAAAUCUUUGACUCGGAGAAACGGAUGAAGAUCCAUCUGCGUCAGACGCACAGCACAGAGCGGCGCCACGUCUGCAGGCUCUGCGGAGAGCGGUUCAAGCGCAGCACGCAUCUGCGGCGUCACAUGAACUCCAACAAGCAUCAGAGGCUCAGUCAGGCUGCUGGACAGAAUAAGGUCUACGGGUCAUUGGACGACCUUGAAGAAGAGGAGUAUACUCACCUGAACGGGGCGUAUUCCCGUCUGUCCAGAGGAAAGCACAGGUUCCCGAAAGGCCAUUACCUCGAUGAUUACGAUGACAUUCCUAUCUCCAUGGUUCCGAGGUCACACCCCUUGCAGCUGCCAAGGCAAGAUGCGGACGACGAGCCCAAUGGAUACAUUGCCAUGGAAACGGAAGCUACGGAGGCAGAGACUGUGAUUGCCAGUGGCAGCAAAACAAGUAUCUCUCGUAACCAUGAUGAAGGCGUCAGAGAGGGUCAAAAUGCCCUACCAAAUUCCUACUUCCGAUCGAGCGAACUUAUUUCCUUGCUGGAUCGUAAGCGUGUUUAUCCAGUCAAGCAACACAUUAGUCAGCCAGUCAAACGCUCAACACACAAUUUUGACCUGGAUAGUGUGUCAGUUAUCAAAGUGGACCCAGAAAACUAUGACUUGAAGUCUUCUUUGCAGGAGAGCUCUCUAAGGGGGAGGACUCCGAGCAAUCCUGAACCAACAGGCACAGAUUUGUUCUUGGAUCAUCCCAGAAGCACGCUUCGUAGUCUACUUCAGAACUCCACUCUGUCCUACAACCGCAGCAGGGAUUCUGGGAAGCAGGGGGCUUCUGGGAUUCAUUGCACUGAGUUGACGAGGGGAGAAGCCGAUCUUACUCAGUACAUAGUCGACAUGUCGCACAAAUACUCGCUGAAGCCGUGGCAGUGUGUCAUAUGUCAACAGUUUUUUGAAAGUCACUCGUACGUCUUGAUCCACAUUCGGAACUUCCACCCGGACGUACGACCUUUCCCCUGUGACCUGUGUGAGAGGACAUACAUGACACGACAGGAUUUGGACAAGCACCUCACUCAUGUGCAUGCCACAGACGGGAGAGAGGUCUCACAUCAGGGUAACCAGGACAGCCAGCCCAAGCCUGUGAAUCGCCGCAAGAAGACAAUGCCUCGGAAAGUCUUGUAUCAUGUGGAGGCCGACAACGGAGACCUUGAGGUCAAUGAUUCUGACCUUGAAAACAACGGUGAGGAUGACCUUGAUAUUGACCUUACUGAAAUUAUGUCUCGUGCAAACGGCAUCCGGUCCCUGACAUUUGUUGACACAGACACGGAGGAUGAAAUGGAGUCCAUGAUGUUCGUCAAGAAGAACACAGUGGUCAAUCGGAACAACUUCGAGUGUCGAAUCUGCCAGAAGGUGUUUUCUGCCCGUCCCAAUGUUCACACUCACAUUCGCCAGAUUCAUCAGAAUGUACGGCCUUUCACCUGUGACUUUUGCGGCGAGAAUUUCAAACGCUGCACUCACCUUCGCAUCCACAUAUCCCGCAAACACUAUGACAGCGUUCGCGGUGAGAAUUUGCUCACGGACCAAGGUCGCGAUGACCGCGAUGACCGCAGUGAAGUUCUGGUGGUGUACCCCAAACCCAGUCAGUUGUUGCAUAAUUCAAUCUUGCGUAAUUCCUCGGGGAUUUGGAAAUGCUCACGCUGUCCAAAGACAUUUCCCAAGAAGGACUUGUAUCAGCAUCACAUGAAACUUCACUUGGCUGCGGAAAACUGUGCAUGCCCUUUCUGCGACAAAGUGUUCGGCCACGAGAAAAUUCUACGGCAGCAUUUGCGAUCUCACGAGGACGAACCCCGUUACGUGUGCACUUUGUGCAACGUCUCGUUUCUACUCCAGUCCGCGUACGAAUCCCACAUACGAGAGCACAGCGAGUUCAACAUGGAUGACUCGGACGAUGGUUACUAUGACAACACCUUGUCAGGGACGGUUGCUAAGCCAACAGCUUUCAGCAAACCACUCAGCCUGACCAACAGAAGGCGAGACCAGGUGGAAAUGUCGAUGGAUGAAGAACCAGAUCCAGAAGCCGAUCAAGAAGUAGUCAGUGAGGGCAAAGUCAAAGAGGUCAUUAUCAAUUUGGAAACGGUCUGCGCCGUUUGCAAUCAGGAAUUUAACGAUAUGGACAGUUUGCGAGCUCACACGCGAGCUCAUAAGAAACCGUACCGCUGUCAGUACUGCAACAAGAAGUACGACAACAUCUCUUACUUGGAGCGCCACACGCGUGUGCACACGGGCAGUAAGCCUUAUGUAUGCUCAGUGUGCAACCGAGGUUUUCCGAGGAAGGAGCGCGCCGAGGAACAUAUCGUAAAAUAUCACUAGGGCUGCUCAGAGAAAUUCACUGCCGGAUUGUUCAAAAUUGUCUUCAGCUGCAAGACAAAGGUUUAGAGCAGUGUGCUGCAAAUUCAUAUUUAUGGGAGUAAGAUAUUAGUUAAGGAAGAAGCCCUAGUAAGGAACAUGACUGUUGGUUCUGGGAAAUUUGUGCUGUUACAGUAAUUUCAGAUAACUGCAUCAAGGAGUAUGGUUUUGUUUUUUUUUGAUGCUCGCUGAAAAAGCCUUCAUGGGAGAUGCAAAAAAAGAAGUUGCAGUCAUCAUCACGUGCCUUGAAAAAAAAAAAAAAAAUGUGGAAAGAGCAUGAGAAAAAUGUUGCCCAGGGAAAUUUUGAAGUUAACAUUCAUGGUUGGUGAAGGCUGGUCGUUUAUAGUAAGGAGUAGCACCUGGAAAAAGCUUUCAUUGAAAAUGACCAAAAGUCUCUAGUUAAAGUGAUCAAAACAUGCACAAAAUGAAAAAUGAUUAUUGAAAGAAGAAAUGCACAAGAUUUUGUCAGUGUGGAGCGUAUUUAGGAAGACAAAGUAGAUAUGACGGAUUAAACAUGCCCGGCAAUGAUACUUUGUGAAAUUUGCCCUGUGAAAUGAAAAAUACAUUUGGUAUUGUGUCAGGUAUUUAUUAUGGCAUAAGUGGAGAGAUAUGUUUGUAUAUUUAUGUAUAUGUGUAUUUGCAACUAGUCAAGAGGUUUGAUUGGCCAAGAGCCUGGUUCGGUGAGGUCGUUAUGCGGUGGGAAGAAAAUGAUAAAGCCCAUAUUAAGAACUGUCAUCGUGGAUUGAUCUAGAAGCUAUCAAAGUUGGGGGGUUCAUUUGUGAACUGUUCAGAAACAAGGAUGUUGUCUCCCAGAUGUCAUUGGAAAUUCGGGGGUUCCUCGUUAUUUUUGCGAAACAAUUUACUCACUCUCCUGCUAUUGCCUGCUAUUAUUCCUGUAAUAAGGUUUCCUUAUUUGGACUUGCAGAUUUUUGUAUGAAGACAUUACCACUACAUAUUAAUGCUCACUUCCAAACUUUGUCAGUAUGAGCCAAAUGUUUGAUCUAAGGUUCAUAAAGUACGUUGUAUUUGGUGAAAGGUUUGGUCAAGAUUUUUUUAUAUGAUUGCAAGAUCUAUGCUUCUAAUAUUUGAUCACAAACUGUUGAUCAACAUCCCAAAUUUUUGAUCAUUUUGAUAAUGAUUUCAUUUGGUGUACUGCAGUGAUCUCAGAUCGUAACUACUAAACAUUAAAAUGUGAUCAGUAUUCACUCAUGUAGUAACCAUAAUCGGUAGUAUUGAUCAAUUCAGGUAUGAUUCUAGAAUUUGAUCAUAAAAGCUGCUGACCAGCCAGAUCCAAACCUUUACUCAUUGUGGCCUUUCUGUAAGACACUUCAAAUCUGUCCACUCUUUCCUCCUUUCAACUUUAAAUGGUUUGUUCUCGGCAGAAUAUUAUAUGUACUCUUGAAAUAUCAGUGUAAAGUGUUGGACGUUGAUAAUGGAAUCGUCUUGUGUUGACGUCACCAUGGUAACCUUAUAUCUUGUCCUUAUAGCCGCCCCUUACUUGGUACAUGUAGAUACUGAUAAUAUGUGACAUGAUGAAGUUGUAAAGUCAAAUUGAUGAGAUUUCUCCUUUUAGGAGUUAAUAACGGCACUUGUUGAGUAGAAGUUGAUGGAAGUACAGGACACGGAAAGAAAGAGAAAAAUUGUUUGGAAUAUUUAAUUUUGUUUGUAAUACGUACAUGUACUUAGAUUUCUGUCUAUAUAUUUAUUCAGUUCUUUGUUAUUUUUUUCCCCUUAUUGUGCUAUGGAUAGGCCAGGGCCAUAUUUUGUUUCUCUGUGAAAAUAGUUACAUAUUACAGUAAUAUAUAUCUAUAUCUACCUAUAAAUACAUGUAUAUCCCAGAAGUAUUGCCCAGCAUGCCCCAGUGCUGUGAUUUGCAUAUGUGAUUGUGUUGGUUCAUAAAUUAUGGUUGGUAAUGCUAUUGUAGAGUUUAUGAAGCGUUUUGUUGUUGUUGUUGCUACUGUUAUUGAUGGCGACUUUUCCAUGGAAGGUGGCGUGUUUUUUGGCGGGAAUUCUCUCCCCCUGUUGUGAAGAGAUUUAAUUGUUCCUUGAGAUUUUCUUCUUGAUAUCAAAUUCUCAACCAUAUAGGGUAGAGCUUGUAUUAAAGCUCACUUUAUUGAAGACACAUGUAGUUCCAGUAACUAAGCUACUAAUUAUUAAUUUAUGCCUGUCAUUUUCACAGUUUAUGUAAUUAAUUUUUUUUGUUAUUGUCAUAUAUUCUCAGUCAGUUUUUAUGAAAAAGUUAGUUUUUUUAGAAUUGAUCGCACUAGAAUUGAUUAAACCUGAUCACAAAAGUUGAUCAACUUGAAGCAGAGAAAUUCUGUGGGUUUUUAAAACAGUUUUUUUUUUGUUGUGAGAAAGUAAUUAAGUUAAUGUUAUGGUUGUUAAAAAAUAAUGAUUUUUUUUUUUUUUUUUUUUACAAUUGUCGAAGAGCUGUGUUGUAUCUGGGUUAAUAAUGCUUAUUUCUCUAGUGCCUGUCAGUGAAAUGUCUGUACACAAAAUCAAGUGACAGAUGUGAAAUAGGAAACUGAAAGAGGAGGGUAUAGUGUUGAAGAUUCACAAUGUUAAAGAUAUGGUACCAUACUGAAACAGGGUGUAUUACUUAAGGUAAUGAAACAGGUGAAUUGCAAAUUUUAUCAGGUGAAAUAAUGAAACUUCUGAUAAUGUAAUAGGCAUAAUGGUAAUGGGUUAAUAGUGAAACAGUGAAACCUUAAUGGACUUCUGGUAGCCUAAAAACAUAGUGAAAGUGGUAAUGCACAUGUAAUAUGGAUAGAGUUUUAAUAAUGAAAGUUGAAAAGCGGAGGUGACAGUAAUGAAAUAGAAUUUGCGGACAGUGACUAAAUCAUAGGCAUCGAGACUGGCGGAUAAUAUUGCAGAUGGCCAUCUCUCUGGGAGCUUAAAGUUGAUGGAACAGGAACUAAAGAUAUUAAUACUUUGCAAAUACCUGAUGGUAGGCCUACAGAGAAAAAGUUCUAGAAUUUUACUACCUGUACUGGGUUUGAGCCAUCUACUUGCAGAAGUUUCAAAAUACAUAAUGGUGCUUAACAAGUGAAAUUUUCUUGCCAUUAAUUAUUUGAUAAUAAUUUGAUUAAUAAUUAAUGUGUAGAUGUAUUUUGUGCUGUUCCUUGUGGAUCUACAUGUAUUUUACUCACAGUUUGUAAAUAUGUUACAGUUUAAUGCGUCAUGCAGAACAAGGGGGAUAACCUUGUCAGUUAAUUUGGAAAUGAGGAUUGAGAGAGUGAUGCCCCUUUUAUUCCUCAUCGCCACCACCAUUACACCUCAGUUUUUCUUUUAACUUCCCAUCGUUCCUUUGCUAAUUUAUUGUUAUGCACACUUUGUUCAUACAAGUAUGAACCAUUUAUUUUUCCCCUCUUUAUUCAUUAUUUAUUAUUAUUAAUAUUAUUAUAAUAUAUAAUUGAUUAUAUAGAUGUAGUGCUUGAUUUUUGCAGACUUGAGUUGACCGCAUGAACAUGCAAAUCAUUUCAGAAGUGUUCUUAAUACAUUUCCUUGAAAUGAUUUUUUUUUUGUUCAUUUCUUUGUGUUGUUACGGUAUUGUGUGAUUUUCGUGGAUACAGUGGUGUUCUUUUUGUGAACUUGUUAUUGUUAAGUGUCAGAUGAUCUACGUUUGUUUUCUGUAUAAGAUGUCUAUAUACAAACUAU